UUAGUAGAAGAUAGCCUGUCUAGGGUGAUUGCCGCCCGAGCCGCCAGCGCAACGACCGCCAUGGAUUUCCUCACAUUUGUCGCCAAAGGGUUGGUCCGUGUCGAGAGGCGGCCAUGGCGGUUUGUCUUGAUCUUCAUCGUCCUUGCCUUGGCUAUGGUGGGCCGUGUGCUCGCCGAGGAUGACGUGGAGGCUGCUAGCAAUAUUUACGAGGACACCUCAUGUCACCUAAGCGACACGUGGAGGCAGGAGAGUCGCCGCGAGGCGUUGGCUAUGGGAAAUUCCUCGGGAUUGACGAUCCUGCAGCCGAACCUGGUCAGCAGCACCCGGCAAGUGCUGAAAGUGACGCCUGGGCUUGCUUUCGACUCGCGCAAUGACAAUAGCAGCUGCUGGUGCGGGGCCACCGUUAAGAACUUAAGUGUUCCGUUCAUCUCAGAGGGGACUCGACGCCCCUUGCCCAUGGUGUACCAGUCGGGGAGCUUCAUGACCAAGAUGUCGAGUAUCGUAGGCAUGGGUCCCUCGCCAAACGGAAGUCACCUUCUAUUAAGCACGGACGUGAGCGGCGAGGAUCUGUACUCCAGGGUGCCAUUUCUGUCGGUGCUGGACGGGAAUCGGACGUCUUAUGCCCAGCCAGCCGCCAUAUCCGGAAGCUUGACCCUGAAUCCCGCCAAAACCCAGGUCUACCUUUCAGACAUGGGGAGGCCUACAAGGGUCCUAACUGCCCCAUUCGUCGACGUCGUGAGCGGGGUAGCUGGAGUGUCGCCAUGGACGACCGUCGCAAGCUUUUCCAGAGGGGGCCAACCGAACAUAUCGACGGUUCAUUUCAACCAUCAGAGCUUCGCAUCGGACGGCUCUUGCCUGUACUUCGUCGACAGAGCUUUCAAUAGGGUAUGGGCGAUGGGGGCGGCGUCGGGGGAAGUCACGCUGGUCGCGGGCACUGGGGAGAGCGGUGUGAUAAAUGGCGAUGGCGGAAAUGCAACCUUCCGGGGCUUGCGGGACAUCCUCGUCACCCCCGAUGGGUGUAAUCUCUUCGUCUCGGAGAUAGGAGGACGCAUCCGCUGGAUCACUCUGGAGGCCCCUUGUGGACAAGCCAAAAGCGUAGAGACUAUCGUUAGGUAUCCCGAUGGUGGACUCUGGGGUCUGGCUCUCAAGGAUGAAGGCACACAGCUCAAGCUCUACGCUGGAGGCAACGAGGGGUCGAUUUUUGAGCUGCCACUGGUGAAAGCGGCAUGGCACGUCUGCGGCGGGAGCUCGGGGCAAGGCGGCGGAUCCCCCCCCCCCCUCCCCUCUGCAACUACCCCAGACCUCCAUUAAUUCUCCUCCACAAAAGCCGCAGGCCUCGACCCCUCUGGCAACCCAGUCUUCCCUAUCUACGAUAGACCUCCCUCAGUCACCAUUUCCGGUAGGCGAUGGCCAGCCUUCCAUAUCCACCUCUUCCCCUUCUCCGACACAGGACGUCGAGGCUUCCCGCUCUGAGGCGACUGACAUAGCCAGCUAUCCUACUCCGAUAGUCAGUUCCCAGCCUUCCGCUUCACAGAGCUCUCCGUCUCAGAUGGACGACGCCCAGCCUCAUGUCCCGCCUUCCAGUUCUCGGUCUCCGCAAUCUCCGAUAG